AUUGCAGCUCCCUCAGUCUAUCUCCGAGUGCAAGUGGGGCGUCAGUGCGUACUCUGUCCUGUCGCACCGCCUUGGCGAGCCCUCGACGGGAAGUUGAGGGGCCGCUGACAGUGCAGUCGCAUUUCCCGCUGGUGGCGGAAAUCGCACGGUCUCCAGGAUAGGGGCAAACUGUUCGUCGGAAAAUAUGAGCAUAGCUUAUUAUACGAGCUGGACAAUGUGGGUCUAGCGGACAGGCCUUAUAAUCUUCCACAACUCGCACCUCUUGUCUCCAUCAGCCCCCACAACCGCCAGCCACCACCACCGCCAGCCACCACCAGCAGUACCACCUACGAAAGAUGACCCGCCUUCUCAUUCUCGGAUCCACUGGGCCUUCGGGUCUCGAGCUUGUACGCACUGCGCUCAACGACAUUCCUGACGUGCAACUGGUGCUCUACGUUCGGUCGCCUCAGAAGCUGCCGGAGGAGAUCAAGUCGAAUCCCGCUGUCACCGUCGUCGAGGGCACGUUGGAGGACACCGCCGCGCUUGAGCGCGCCCUCGAGGGCGUCGACGCCAUUCUGUCCGCCCUCGGAGCCACCGGCCCCUCCCAUCCGAAGAACACGCCGAUCGCCAAGUUCUACAGCAGGCUGAUGAAGCUGAUGCGCGAGCGGGGCAUCAAGCGCUUCCUCGUACUCGCGACGCCAUCCGCGCCCGACCCGGAGAACGACCGCUUCAGCUUCGGGUACAAGGCGAUGGUGCUGUCCAUCUACCUGCUCAUCAACCCGGCUUACAAGGAGUGCCACACGCUGGGCGAGAUGCUCCGUGGGCCGGAGGGGAAGGACAUCGAGUGGACGAUGGUCAGGGUGCCGUAUCUGUCGCACGAGGAUAGGACGGACACGGUUGCGGGAUAUGUUGGGGAUAGAAGACUUGGCUUGAAGUUGUCGAGGAAGGGCUUUGCGCAGUUCAUGGUGGACGAGCUGAAGAAUAGGCAAUGGGUUCGCAAGAUGCCGGUGGUCUCGAAUGCAUAGCUCGUUGUGUCUGUAUGUUCUCUUGUGUUUUCCUUGUACCUUUUGGCCGCACAAAGUAAUGUUCAGGUUCUCGGAGCCUUUCAACCAUGCAGCGAGGUUUGACGCGAAGAAAUGCCGCCCGCAAGUUGUCG